AGCACUAGAGAGAGAGAGAGAUUGGGCGGAGGCCAGAGGUACUCACCUGCAGCGCCGUUGCUCCAGCUUCGUCUUCGAGGUACCUGCAGCACAGCGCCAACAUCACAGCAGUCAUGGACCAGAGGCCCGAAGAAGCAGACGAGGCCUAUUAGGCCCACAUGCUGGCCUGGAGUAUCGAAACAAAGAAACGGGCAGAUGACACUGCAGCAGCAGCGAAGAAGAAGGCAGAGGAUGCCGAGCAGGCACGUCUGCUGGCGAUUGAACAACCGCGCCAGCAUGACGAGGCAGCAGCAAGGGCUGCCGAUGAAGAAAGACACCAACGUCGUGAGAAGAUGUUUACCGGAGAGCAGGCUUUACACACAAUGGCAGCGGAAUGGCGGACCAAGGCCGAGAAUGGCAAGUUGGAGGAUAGCGCAAACAAGAUAGCACUCCUCCUCUCGCAUCUCACAGACCUCCUGGCAACCUGCAUUACACAGCAGGAGGAGAUCCACGGUCUCGACAACUCGCUAGCUCACGUCCAAGACCACCUUCAGCGGUUGGAGCAGCGACCAGUCGCCGCCGCCGAUGAAAGCUCUUCCAAUACCUCCGACCGCCUCAACGCAUUGGAGAUGGACGUCGGCUCACUCAAGGAUGGCGUGCAAUUACAGCAGACCGCGAUGCAACAGUUGCAACAGCAGAUCUGCACUACCGCCAACACCUCGAGUUCGGAACCGCGCGGGACAGCUUCAAAGUUCGACGGGCAGGAGAUCUUCUGCGACUCGAUGAAGACAGAUCCGAUUCCAUGGUUCCGCAAGUUCGAGCUCACGCUGCAGCUGCACAACUAUGGAGUGAUAACUGCCGACUUGCACACCAAGAUCAGUUGGGAUGAUCUGAAGGCGGCGUGGCACAAGCGGUUCCAGGUGGAGCCGCCGGAGAUCAAAGCCAUGGACAAGCUCAUGGUCUUCGAGCAAGGCAAGCUGCCGAGUACCGAUUGGAUCACCGAGUACCAAAGCUUGACGUCAGUCCCAAACAUCCAGAUGGGCUUCAAAGUCAUCCGCCAUUACUUCAUCUCAAGGUCAUGUCCGACAUUAAGCAAUGCCCUGACUCAUGUCGAGGACACCUUGACGACGACGGCAGAUAUGUUUGACAAGGUCGCGCAGAUCAUCAUCACGAACAAGGAGGCCAAAAACCUACGUUCAUCUGCGUCAGGCACGAGCAGGGACCAGCAUCGGCCAAGAGUGGCCGUGGUCGCAGCGGCAACGCCGUUUGACCAAAUCAGCGAGGCUGUUGGGCAAGCGUCCUGCAGUGCUUUGCUGGAUAGCGGCGCGUCUCGCAAUUUCAUGAGUCAAUCCUUUAUGCAAAUGGCUGGCCUUGGCGUACAAGUUCGGAGGAAGGCAAACCCGACGACGAUCAAGUUGGCGGAUGGAAAGACGCAACAACUUCUCGAUCGUUACAUCGAGGCCGUACCGGUCUACUUCGCACCUCAUGCAUGCGAGCCGGUAACAUUCGAUAUUCUCGAUACGGACUUCAACAUCAUUCUGGGAAUACCUUGGCUUGCAAGUGCGGAUCACACGAUCAACUUCCACCGGCGGACUCUUAGCGUUCGCGACGCCUUCGGCGCGGAAGUGGCGCGUACUAUUCCUCUACCACACCCUUCGAUCUGGUGCCAAGUGGUGAUGGCCAAAUCAUUCCGGGCGACUUGCGCUUACGAGCAGCCCGAGGAGAUCGGCCUAUGUUUCCUACGGACCGUCGCGGUAACCGACUCUUCACCCACGAACUUGUCUUCGGCCCCCCGUGUGGUGCGGUUGCUGGACGAGUUCGCCGACAUCUUCGAGUCACCUACUGGUGUGGUGCCGGAUCGGUCGAUCUUUCACGAGAUCAUUCUUGAGGCCGGUGCCGUGCCGCCGAAAGGUUGCAUCUAUCGGAUGAGCGAGGAGAAGUUUGAGGUCCUCCGCGCACAACUCGAGGAUUUGUUGGCCAAGGGCUGGAUCCGCCCGAGUAGCUCCCCAUAUGGAGCACCAGUUCUCUUCGUCAGGAAGAAGAACAAGGAACUACGACUGUGUAUCGACUACCGCAAGCUCAACGCGCAAAUCGUCAAGAAUGCGGGGCUUCUUUCUCGCAUCGACGAUCUUCUUGAACGAUUGGGCGGCGCAAAAUAUUUUUCUAAGUUGGAUUUGAAAUCGGGAUAUCAUCAAAUCUCGAUCCAGCCGAACGAUUGCUACAAGACCGCGUUCAAGACGCGGUACGGGCAUUUUGAGUGGGUGGUCAUGCCUUUUGGCCUCACCAACGUCUCGGCGACCUUUCAAGCGGCAAUGACCAAUGAAUUCCGUGCAAUGUUGGACCGGUUCGUGCUGGUCUACUUAGACGAUAUUCUCGUUUAUAGGCGGUCAUUGGAGGAUCAUCUUGGGCAUCUUCGACGAGUGUUGGAGACGCUCCGCCGCGCCAAGUACAAGGCCAACCGCGACAAGUGCUAUGACAUUGGUGCAGUCCUCGAGCAACAUGAUAGUGUGGACUGGCACCCGGUCAAGUACUUCAGCAAGGAAGUGCCCAUCAUGCAUUCCAUUGACGAUGCACGCAAGAAGGAGCUCCUCGCCUUCGUCCACGCGCUCAAGCGGUGGCGGCACUUCCUCCUUGGUCGAAGCCAAUUKCGCUGGGUAACGGACAACAAUCCGUUGGUCUUCUACAAGACCCAAGACACCGUCAACARCACCAUYGCUCGAUGGAUGRCUUUCAUCGACYRGUUCGACUUYUUYCCCGAUCACAUUCYCGGGAAGUCGAAUCGUUUUGCGGAUGCUCUUUCACGGCGUCCGGAUCAUUGUACCGCGGUCUACUCAACCUUCGAGAUCGACGAUGACCUGCGGAACAACUUCAUCCGCGGCUGCCAAGCCGAUCCCAAGUUUCGCGACAAGUACGCGAAUAGCUCCUCUCCUAAUCCGGCUCCUUCUCACUACCGGAUCCAAGAGGGGUACUUGCUUGUCCACACGCGGGGGAAGGACCUUCUUUGCGUACCGAGCGAUCCUCACUUGCGUACACGGCUUCUUGGCGAGUUCCACGAUGCUCCCGCCACCGGACACUUUGGAGUCAAUCGCACGAUUGGCCAAAUUCGCUAGCGAUUUUUGUGGCCCGGCCUUCUAUGGUUGUUGUAGAGGCUGGAUUACAGACAUAUGAGAGUCACCUUCGGCACUCCUCUGAGUCUAAAGGCAACUCAUGUAUUCCAGUUGACGAUUGAAAGGCCCGGGCUUCCUUUCCCUAGCCCUGGACUCGUACCCGAAAGACUUGUGUCUUGUCCAUCCAGAUAAAGGGGUCUCGAUGGC